AUGACUUACUCAUCCAGCGGGCCUUCACUCGCUCAGGCCCUGGAUAUGGAUGUCGAUCCUUCGCCUUCGGCCUUGCCUCUGGCUUCGUCGUCUUCCUCUCCUUCGUCCUCGUCCUCGGAUCUGCCCGGCCCUGCGUCUGCAUCUCACCACUCUCGCUCUGCAUCGCAUCCUCACUACCACGCUCGUUCCAACAGCGCAAACGACCAGGACGAGAACGACGACGAUAGCGACGACAGCCACUCUCAUAGCCACGUCCACCGCGCUCACAUCCAUCUGCACCAUCUCAGGGAUACCACCGUUGACGCAAACGACCACGAUCAGCUCCACAACGACGGCCACCAUUCCCAUCACUCACACCAUCGCCUGCACCGGCGCAAGACACCACCCAACCUCGACCUCCACGUUCCCCAGGACGGCAGCGCCCCCGCCAAUGACCUAAAACCUCGCGCUGAGGAUAACCUCGUCACCCAAGUUGUCCAGACUGUGUCCCUCGUUCAGGUUGUCGACUCUGUCGGCUCUCCCAUCGAGCUCCAAACCCAUAUUGGCGCUCCAGCUACCGUCGUCGUGGAUUCCGCCUCGGGCGUCACCGUCGCCAUUUCUAACCCGGAUCCUUCGCCGUCUGUGGCGGCAGCGGCGUCGAAUCCGGCAGCGACUUACAAUGUUCCGCCGCCCUCUUCCGAUGCCGCCCCCGCCGUCGAGACAGAUACUCCCGACAUGACUGAGCCCGAGCCGUCCACGCUUCUCUCGGACGCGACCGCCUCUCAGUCAUAUCCUGUUCCCGAUGCCGUCUCCGAUACCACGCUGGCUCCCACGUCCGAUGUGCAGUCCGUUACUAGCGGUCUUCCAGAGACGUCUGCUGCUCCUACGUCUUCGGAGCCGGAGACUACGAGUCAGGAGACAGCUUCGACGGAGGCUCCCUCGUCUGCCAUUGACACUACCUCUGAACUCAGUGGGUCGCAGAACGCGACUACUGCUACCGCAACCACUGAAGAUCUCACUACGACAUCAGCCAAUCCUACGACGCUGACUGAUAUCACAACUGACCUCACUUCAGAAGCCACAUCUGAAGCUACUACGGAUGCAUCUGCCACCGAAUCAUCAGAUACAUCCGUUUUCAAGCAGUCUUUGUCCACAACCAACACUCCGCAAACCGGGUCUUCUUCAACCAUCACCAUCGUCUCUUCCACAUUCAUCACCUCUUCGAUUGAGGCCGCGACCACCGACUCCUCACAACUCAGCCUGUCAGACUCGAUCUACUCGUCAAUCGCCGACGAAAGCUGGACGUCUACCUGGUGGGGAGGAGAAUACAGCGAAGGUGGAGAUGGCGGCGGUUAUGGCGGUGACAACGACGCAACGGCUCAAGCUCAACCACCCGCGGCGACAACCACGGUGGCUUCUAACGACACGGAACCUGGUACGCUUUCACCGCAGCAGAAGCAAGUGAUUGGUGGUGUUGUGGGUAGUGUCGCGGGUGUGGCGUUCCUAGCGUUGCUUGUCAUGUUCGCCUUCAGGUACAAGAGGAAGCACACUAGCGGCCUCCUUGGAGAGAACCAGGCCGGUACUCGAGCAAUUGGCGGUCCUGGAGGCGAAAGUGGUGGAGCCAUGGCAGAGCGCGCUGGAGGAUUCUCCGUUGCUGCUGCUCUUGCAGGCUUGACCGGCAAGAAGCAAGCGGCUCCUGAACCUGAACCGACCGGCGAGCGAGGAUUCUACCGAGUAUCGGGCAAGAAAUUGCCCUCGGUCCUUCAAGUCGGCGGUGAUGGAUACUCAGACCCCCGGACGAAUCGUGAGAGCGUCAUGAGCGGCCACUCUGACUACUGGAGAGGCUCCAUGGCGUUUGAUCCCGGCGACCGAGACUCGAAUCGACUCGCCCUUGGAUCACCGAUGCGUCCUGUCAGCGGCGUACCUGUUAUUCGAACGGGUCCGGCGCGGACGCCGAUCACGGAAUCAAAUCCAUUCACCGAUCCGCCGCCAGCACGGCCCCGGCCCGACUCGGACGCCCUCGGCGGAUCGGUGGGUGGUGGAUCCCAAGACGGAUCUGUCGGUUCACCACCGUCCCGAUUCCCGACUGCUACUGCUACUGCUAUUGCUCUCUCACCAACCAUCUACGGCCACCUCUCGAGGUGAUUGCUAUUCCUUUUUUUUCCCUUUUUGUUGUCACAUCUUGACAUACUUGGGUGGCGCAAGAAGCAUUCUGUUUGGCGUUUGAAUGUGGUUAUACAUCAUCAUCUGGGAUCUCUUUGGUACUACAAGCCUGAAGAGAAGGACAUGGAAACAUAGAAGACGGGAGUCGAAAGACUAAAAGAGGAGGAAUUUUUCUACUGUUGUUGCAACUGCAAAAAAGGAGGAAGCUGAAAAGCACUGGGGGCGCAUAUUGUGUGCCACAAAAAGCAUACCCUGAGACGGGCUUGACGGUCCAAGUUUCUUCUUCUUGACUCUCCUUGAAGAACAUUUACUAGACAAAUACCUUUUUUUUUUUUUUCUUCUCUUCCCUCAUGACCUCUAGAGGUGGCGGAGAUGGAUAGUUUGGGCGGGCAUCAAGCUGGAAGCGGAGCGGAGCGGUGCGGUGGAAGAGAGGUCUAGUGUAUAUAUAAUACAAGCUUGCCCCCC